UCCAGUGCACUUGUUUUUAAUUAUUAAUACAAUAUUCGUGCUUGGCAUUAUUGUCAUAUUUACAAAGCUUUUUUGCAGUUUUGGAGAGAUCGCAGCGAAACGGCAACUCACAAUGAUAUCGAUUUACGACCAUGAUCUGCCAUGCGUGCACAAAAUAGCCGUUGAUAUAACCAAUGGCAGCAAGAUCAGGAUACAAGGAAGCAUACCACGUGAUGCUCACAGAUUCUGGAUAGAUCUCCAAUGCAGUGUUGACGUCGCAAUCCACAUCAGCCCUAGGUUCGACGAGAUGGAGAUAGUUCGCAACACCUUCACUGCCGGGGCUUGGGGGAAAGAAGAGAGGAGGGGGGGAAUGCCCCUCUGCAGAGGAGACCCCUUUGAUAUGCUGAUCGAGUGUGAUGAAGUAUCUUUUAUGGUGUCGAUCAACGGGCAGCACUUCUGCAAGUAUAUUCAUCGUAUCCCGUACGAUCGCAUCACUCACCUGGUCGUCUUUGGCGACGUUAAAAUUAUAAAGUGCAAUAUAGACGCACCAUCCCACGAUCUCGUGAGUUUUAUUAUGUGUGUUGCAUCUCUGUUCCUAAAAGGAUAAUUAGUUUCUGUACGUAACACACGACGUCAUUAGACCUGUCAUGUGGGUCCCACCUGAGGUGACGGAAGUAAAAGAAACUAUUUAUUCAUCAGAAAACACGAGUUUAAUAGAUGAAGACCAGAUUACGACUAGUACAUUCUUAGAUCACUACACUACACGUUUCCCGCAGAAAU